GCCCCGCGCGUCGCCGGAAGCGGAAGCGCGCCGCUCUCGCUAUAAGGCCGCCGCGCCGCCGCGCCUGCUUAAAGGGGCCGCGUCUGGCAGGAGGAGAUGUUUCCCUCUGGGCUCUGGCUCUAGGAUGUUGGAGAACCGAGAAGAAGAGCUGACCACGGUGCGUGUGCAGGACCCCCGGGUGCAGAACGAAGGCUCCUGGAACUCCUAUGUGGAUUAUAAAAUCUUCCUCCAUACCAACAGCAAGGCCUUUACUGCCAAGACCUCAUGUGUGCGGCGCCGGUACCGUGAAUUCGUGUGGCUGAGGAGGCAGCUCCAGAAGAACGCAGGCCUGGUGCCUGUCCCAGAGCUGCCUGGGAAAUCCACCUUCUUUGUGGGCAGCACAGAUGAGUUCAUUGAGAAGCGGAGACAGGGGCUGCAGCAGUUCCUGGAGAAGGUCGUGCAGAACGUGGUCCUCCUCUCCGACAGCCGGCUGCACCUCUUCCUGCAGAGCCAGCUCUCGGUGCCCGAGAUAGAGGCGUGCGUGCAAGGCCAGGGCUCGCUGACGGUGACAGAAGCCAUCCUACACUAUGCCAUGUCCAACUGUGGCUGGGUGCAGGAGGAAGAGAGUCGCCCUGCGCUGCUGCCGGGAGACCUGCACGGCAGCUGUGCCGGCCUGGGAAGCCCGCAGGGUCCAAGCUGCGUAGAGACCUUCCCUCAUUGGAGUGACUUUGGCAUGGAAGACAACCACUCGGACAGUCUGGAUGCGCCGGCUGAGCGCGAGAUGCAGUAAACAGCUCUAGCGACCUCGCCUGCCCUUCCCGGGACCUGCAGCACUCGCUGGGUGAAGAGGACCACCACCGAGCUGGAGGGAUGUCCAGGGUGACAGGACUGGGGCUGUACUGGGAACGCAGCCUCGUCCUUGGCUUUGGUGUCCAGGGCUCACGUGCUUUCUCCCUGCCAACUCUGGAUUGUCCUUGAUGUCCCAGGCAGCGUGUUCAUAUAGCUCUUCUUUUCAGAGAAGGGAUCUAGUGGUUAGUGAAACCUGUGUUUGUUGUUCCCAUGGCCUUUGCUCUCCGACUGCAGCAGUAGGAGGGCUUAGGUGGCUGCUCUGCCGUGCCGGCAGGGCCCCGUGUUCUUGGCGUGUCCCUUGCCCAGCGCAGGGUGGGGUAUGGCUCGACGGCUCACGUCCAGCACGAGAGGGGAAUGCUUUGGCCCUGGUGCGGAGCCGCAGGCUGCGAGCAGGAGCUGGCUGCUGCCCAGCUCUGUCCUCGUGGGUUUCUUGAGUUCAGUUCCCUGGCGCUCCCCUCCGACACGCGGGCAGCGGAGGCUGUGUUUCCCUGGUAAUAGCCGUGCUGCGUUCCCGCGGCGGCGGUGCUUCAGCUGCGCUGAGCUGCAGCCCACACGCUGGGUGCAGAUACCGUAUCCACACCUGGGGCCUCCUGGCACUGCUCGCCCCGCAGGUUGUGCGCAGCUGGGAUGAGCGGGGACACGCUCCCCUUGGGGCCUGUUGCCGGGGAUCUCCUGUGCCCUGGGAGCACCGGGGCUCGGGAACGAGGCAGCGGGGAGGUAGGUGGGAGGCAGUUUCUCUCCUCCGGCCCCAUUGAGGGGAAACCACUUCCAGAUGGGCUCCUGCAGGAGAGCAACCGUCCUUCCUCACGCACUGGUGGUCGUGCACAGCUGGGAACCUGGGGUGACAGCAAGGGAACGGGGGGGCACACAGCCAGUAUGUAGUUCCUUUGCUAGGAAAGAAGGAGCAUGUAGCUUCCCUGGAGUCGGUGUCCGGCGGUGCCUGGGCUCCGGUCGCUCUUGACGCUGCUCCCUGUGCUCUCCUGCACUUUCUCCUGCUGCCCUGAGCACUGGCGAGGGCAGAGCUGACGUGCUCCCACUUGAAAUAAAAAUGAAGUAGAAGAGA